AGAGAGACAGAGAGAGAGACAGAGCAAAGCAAAGAAGGAAAGAAUAGUAGGAAAGGGAGAGAAAAGAGAGACGGUAGAAGACAAAGACUUCUAGAGAGAGAAGAAGAGUAGAGGGGAGAGAGAAAGCUCCACUCAGCUUCGUCUUCUCCAGCGCGAUCGGAUUCUCAGUGAUCCAUCAAUCAAUUUUUGGAACUCUUCAGUCUUCACAUUAUCAUCGACUGUUCAAAACCCCUAUCCGCUAAUUCCAUUUUUCUCUUCUCUCCCCCAAAUUUUGAUCCUUGGAUUUUUUUGUUUUUUUUGUUUAAUUCGUCGAUCGGUUUAUCGGCCAAUAAUUUGAGACCUUUUAAAAUCCUAAUUUGCGGCCCCUCAUAUUUCAAAACCCUAAUUUCGAAAUCUCUGAAACCCUGAUUUUGAUGGCAGCAGCCGCUAAUCACUCUCCUCGGAAUUCCGGCAGCAGCGGCGCCGGCGCUGACGUCUCCUCCGCCGCUCUCAACAGCCCCCAUUCGAAGCGAGGAGCGGCGGCGCGUGGUGUCUCGUCUCCAUGGUCACAGGUCGUUCGAGGAGCCGAUUCGGAAUCGAUCGUCUCCUCAUCUGCCCCUCCCGCCUCCGCCGCACCGCCGCCGGCUGUAUCUCCUUCAUCUCCAUCGGCAUCGGCUACUUCUCAGGGACUAAUCAACAAUACUUCUCCUGAGUCGUCACCUUCGAAGGCGGCGGCGGCGGCGGCGGCUUUUUCUUCAUCAUCAUCAUCCUUGUCUUCGCCAGAUGAUCAUGCGGUUGAGGCUCAGUCGGAGAGUACUGAUUGUGGUACUGGAAGUAGCAAUGCGGCUAAGAAGCCGGCUUGGAACAAGCCUUCGAAUGGCGUUGUCGAGGUUGGACCAGUCAUGGGGGCUGUUUCUUGGCCCGCUCUCUCUGAAUCUACUAGAGCUUCUCCGAAAUUGUCUUCUUCUGAUUCAUUCAAAGCUCUACCCGAUGCACCAGUCUCUGUCUCACAGGGAAUUGGAAUUGCAUCUUCUUCUACACCAAAACAGGUCGUCACAAAUAAUACAAACCCUAGUUUAACUCCGAACCAUGUAACACCCACACGCCAGAAGUCUAUGAAGCGUGGUGGUGGGAGUUCAAGCGGAAAUGUAACAGCUAACGGUGGCUUCCCUCAGCCGCCCCCACUGGGUUCAGUAGUGGAAAUGCCGUCUAAUAAUUCUGGAAAAUCUGGGUCAGCUGUUCCGGAGUCCUCUCCAAGAGAUCAAAGUGGACAAAGGGGAGGAUUUGGGUCACAACCCAACAGUGGGAAUGAUCACCCGCAGCAACGCAAUUCAUUUAGAAGGGGCAAUGGUGGUAACCAUCCUCGCGGUGAUGGUUCUUAUCAUCACAAUUAUGGUGGCAGGCGGGAUCAGGAUCGUGGGAAUCAUGAAUGGAAUUCUCAUAGAAGUUUUAAUGGCAGAGAUCUUCACAUGCAGCCACAAAGAGGUGUUUCUAGGGGCUUCAUACGAUCCGCACCACACAGUCCUACCCCAUUCAUUCCUCCUCCACCAAUGCCUGGGCGACCAUUUGGCAACCCUAUGGUUUACCCUGAAGUGCCUUCUCCGAUGAUUUAUGUUCCCACUCCGCCUCCAAUUGUUGCUGCAAUGCCGUCUCAUGCUAUGUUUUUUCCUCCUCUCCACGCUCCGGAUCCCCAGUUGCCUUCUAAGAUAGUUAUGCAGAUAGAAUAUUAUUUCAGUAAUGAGAAUUUAAUUAAAGAUACAUUCUUGCGGCAGAACAUGGAUGAUCAGGGCUGGGUUCCCAUUAAUUUAAUAGCAGGCUUCAAAAAAGUUAUGAUUUUGACAGACAACACCCAGUUUAUAUUGGAUGCUGUGCGUGCUUCAAGCCUUGUGGAAGUGAAGGAUGAUAAAGUAAGAAGGCGUAAUGAUUGGUUUAGAUGGAUCAUGCCUUCUUCUGUUCAGUUUGCUCCUGUCUCUAGUCCUCAAUCCAUUGGAAGGUCCAGUCAUGACAUGCUUGCUGCCAACAUCCAGAGUAUGUCAUUCGAGGAGAUGACAAACAGACAAGGUCAGUCUGAGGCAUUCCUAAGCAGAUCAUCGUCUGGGGAUUUGAAUAUACAGCCUCAAGCUGGUUCUGAGCGUGCUAUUUUAGCACGUACUUCAAGUAAAUGAGAAUCGUGCGCUAUUGCACGUUCUGUCAUGAUUGGUUUUUGAGAGGGGUGGAAGUAGGGAGGUGCUUGAUGACAGCCACUGUCUUGUGUAUUUCUUUGGAGAUAAUGGUCUUGGUCUUUGGCAUGGCGUGAUGAAACAUGAUGUCUCGCGGGGCACAUAGACACAAAAUUUAAAAGGGAAAAUAAAAGUGGAAAAACUUAUUAAAAAUAAAAGAAACCAUAAGAAGGGAAAAAAAAACUAGAGAUGUUAUUAUGACUUAUAUAAGGUAGUAAGUAGCAAGAGAUUGUUGGGAUGUAUGUAUGAUUUUGGUGAGGACCAUUGUUGUCUUUUUAUUUUCAUGGUUAUUCAUUGAGACUUUUGUGUUUACUUUUGGGGAAUUUUGGUUUUGCUUCCCCUUGCCUGCC